GUGACGCUCGCAACGGGUCCGCAAACUCGCCGCCAAGAUGAUCCAGAGCUUGUUCAUCAUCACGUCCACGGGGGAGACAAUUAUCGAGAAGCAUUGGCGCGGGACGACGAACAGAGCGAUAUGCGACUACUUUGUCGAGGAGGUCAACCGACAUAAGCGGCGCGAGGAUGUCCCGCCGAUCAUCUCGACCGGUAACCACUACCUCAUCAGCGCGUUUCGAGAGGACCUGUUUGUGCUGGCUGUCAUAACAAACGAGACGUCACCGCUGUUCGUGAUCGAGUUUCUCCAUCGCGUUGUGGCCGUGUUCAGGGAAUACUUUGGCAAGUUUGAAGAGUCGGUCAUCAAGGAUAACUUUUCGACGGUCUAUCAACUGCUCGAGGAAAUGCUCGACAAUGGGUAUCCCCUCACGACGGAACCGAACGCGUUGAAAGCGAUGGUGGCCCCGCCGCCGGGCGUCGUCGGGCGUCUUGCCGCCAUGGUGUCUGGACGAUCAGGCGUGAGCGAAUCGUUGCCGGACGGCGCGUUGUCCAACAUGCCGUGGCGAAAGGCUGGCGUCAAGUACUCGCAGAACGAAAUCUACUUUGACGUGGUCGAAGAAAUCGACGCGAUCGUGGACGCGCACGGCGAAAUGCUGCAAUGCGAAGUGCAUGGCUCGAUCAAGGGCAACUGCCGCCUCUCGGGUGUCCCGGACCUCACCAUGGUCUUUCGCGAUCCGUCCGUCAUCGACGAUUGCUCGUUUCACCCGUGCGUUCGGUUUUCCCGCUACGAGCAUGAACGAGUCAUUUCGUUCGUCCCGCCGGACGGCCACUUCGAGGUACUCGAUUGCUGCGUCGACUUCGAUCGUAUGGUCGGGCCAUUAUCGUCGUCCGUCAAAGCGAGUGGUCAAGCCGACCCGUGGCCAAGUUGGCGCUUGUGUGUUUCAUAUGUGACAAGUGCUUGCUGUCGAUAUUCGCGUUGCAUGCGGCGUCUUUCACUGUUGUCGUGGGCAUUGCAACCCCAUGUGUCUAGCUGAUGCAAUACCGCGUGCACGUCAACCACGUCGUCCCGCCCAUCUUGUGCCAGCCGUCCGUCACGUACGACAAGAUCGGGACGGGAUCGGUCGACUUGACGCUGCUGCAGCGCCACAUGCCGACGCUCGUGUCGACGUCGUCAAAGAAAGCGUUGAAACCGGACAACGUGUCGGUCGAGAUUGUGUUUCCAUCCGCCGUCCAGACUGUCCAUGCCAACACAAACCACGGAAGUUGUUUGUUUGACGACGUGACCAAGACGCUCACGUGGACGGUCGUGUGGAGCAAAAAGGUAAUGUCGCCCACGUGCCAUGGGACGGUCGUCCUCGAGCCGAACGCAGGCAUUCCCGACGACAACCCGAUCGUGCUGCUCCGCUUUUCCGUGCCAUUGAGCACCGUCAGUGGUCUCACUGUCGACUCGCUCGUCCUGUCCAACGAAAAGUACACGCCGUACAAGGGCGUGCGCACACUCACCAAGACCGGACGCUUUCAAAUCCGAACGUAGUUGGCUGCGUCGUCGUCUUGGCCAGCGUGUAUCGAGGUAUGGCAGCGCGAAUGACAUGUUUUUCGACCUCCAUGGCGACAACCACCGCGCUGCUCCCCCCUUGUGACCCCCAUGAGCUCUGCGUCCUCUCU